CGUCAUGUAGCUCUGACCUCCGAGUCACGUGAAUGCCACUUGCGCAAGUCAUCGCGAGACAGCGGCAGUCAGUCACGUGCUUUUUGUCACCAUCCGCGAACUGUGAUAUAAACAUCGAUGGGGAGUUUAAUCAGUUGUUAAUGAUCGCAGAGUUCAGUGAUUUACAGUGGUUACGUGAAGUUGAGCAGGGAGAUGUCCAGCACAGCCAUGAAGAAGAAGGUGCUCUUGAUGGGUAAAAGUGGAUCAGGAAAGACCAGUAUGAGGUCCAUCAUAUUUGCUAAUUACAUCGCCAGAGACACUCGCCGCCUUGGAGCCACAAUUGAUGUGGAGCACUCUCAUGUGCGAUUUCUGGGUAAUCUGGUGCUGAACCUGUGGGACUGUGGUGGACAGGACACCUUCAUGGAAAACUACUUCACGAGUCAGAGAGACAACAUCUUUCGCAACGUAGAGGUGUUGAUCUACGUGUUUGACGUGGAGAGCCGAGAGCUGGAGAAGGAUAUGCAUUACUACCAGUCGUGUCUGGAAGCCAUCCUGCAGAACUCGCCUGACGCAAAGAUCUUCUGCCUGGUGCACAAGAUGGACCUGGUGCAGGAGGACCAGAGAGACCUGAUAUUUAAAGAGCGUGAGGAGGACCUGAAAAGACUGUCUCGCCCGCUGGCCUGCACCUGUUUUAGAACGUCUAUUUGGGACGAGACACUGUAUAAAGCGUGGUCCAGUAUCGUCUAUCAGCUCAUUCCUAACGUACAGCAGCUGGAGUGCAACCUACGCAACUUUGCUCAGAUAAUUGAGGCAGACGAAGUCUUACUUUUUGAAAGAGCUACUUUCCUGGUGAUUUCUCAUUAUCAGUGUAAGGAGCAGCGUGAUGCUCAUCGCUUCGAGAAGAUCAGUAACAUCAUCAAGCAGUUCAAGCUGAGCUGCAGUAAACUGGCCGCCUCCUUCCAGAGCAUGGAAGUGCGCAACUCUAACUUCGCUGCCUUUAUUGACGUGUUCACGUCCAACACCUACGUCAUGGUGAUCAUGUCAGACCCGUCCAUACCGUCUGCGGCCACCCUCAUCAACAUCAGGAACGCCAGGAGACAUUUUGAGAAGCUGGAGCGUGUGGACGGGCCCAAGCACAGUCUGCACAUGCGCAUGCGCUAGACUCGCAGCAUACAGCGCGUGGUGAAUGAACUGCUGGGAAUGAUCCAGAAGAUUUCCUCCUGUCUUGCUGACUUCACUUGUAUCCAGUGUUUCUGCUGAGAAACAAAGUCACCUUAUGUUAAAAAGCAGUAACGUGCUUGUUUUCCUCGCUGAUGUUGCAAAGGAACGGUAGUUCUUAAUCAUAAACCACGGGUCGAGGGGUUGAAUGUUGUAACGACCCCUUAAUAUCUGAUUUUUUGUGCCAUACGGUGACUUAUGAGUUACUGAUAGUCAGGAACGCUAGAUCAUAAGGUCAGCAUUCUUUCUCUGUGUGUCGUUUAUAUUAAGCAUUGUCAGCUUGCUGUACUGUUGAAAAUGGGAGCAGAAAUCUGUGACUAAACCUGGUCUUGCUAAAUUAAUACUUUGAUCUACAAAUUCUUGUAUUAUAACUAUUCUCAAUAAAUACAGAUUGUUCUGUAA